AUCAACUAGACGAUAUUUUUAGUAACAUGAUAAGAUGUAAAGUCUCCUAUAAAAGGUAUGAUAGUUCACAUAGAUCUACAUUCAACUCUUUUGUCUUCUCCCCACAAAUAACAAAAUGCAACCAUCCGGCGAACAAUCCCUAGUCGCCACCGUACCACCACCCAUCCACGGUGACGUACUGGAAGCAAUACUCUCUCACCUCCCACUCAUCCACUUAGUCCCCAAAUCUCUCGUUUCCAAAGCCUGGAACAAAGCCGUCACUUCCAUACUCAUAAAAUCCCCAAAACCUCAACCAUGGCUAAUCAUAAACACUCAAACCACAAGAUCCCCAUACCUAACAACAACACUAGCUUACGAUCCAGCAUCACGUUUAUGGAUCAAUAUUAAUCAACCAUCGAUCAAUUACGUAUCAGCACUAAGAUCAUCUCAACCAAGCCUUCUUUACAUGAUAACUCCAUCAAAAUCCUCUUUCUCAUUCGACCCGCUCCAUCUCACGUGGCACCACGCCGUCGGGCCACGUGUCUGGCGGAUCGACCCUAUUGUUGCCAAAGUCGGCACGCACGUGGUCGUCGCAGGCGGCACGUGCGACUUCGAGCACGAUCCACUCGCUGUUGAGAUCUUCAACAUUGACUCACGAACCUGGAGUAAACCGGAACCGAUGCCAGAACAUUUCAAAGGCUCUGCGUCGUCCACGUGGCACUCGGUUGCAUCCGAGGACCAUCGUUUGUUCGUUGUAACGAAAAACGACGCCGUGUUGCAUACAUUUGAUCCGGUAACAAACACGUGGGACGGUCCGUAUAACUUAGCUACGGACCCUACCAUGUUUUACUCUGUUAUUGGAUUUUGUAACGAUAUGCUGAUAUUAAUUGGGAUGUUAGGUGAUGCAAACGACGUCGUUGGGGUUAAGUUGUGGGAAGUGAGUUGUGAGUCGUUUGAAUGUUAUCAAAUUGGUGAAAUGCCGGUGGAUUUGGUGGAGAAAUUGAAGGGGGAUGAAUUGGAGGUUUCGUCGAUUGAAGGGAGAAUGGCGGGAAAUGUGGUUUAUAUUUAUAAACCGGUGGGAGCGGAAGAGGUGAUAGUGUGUGAGUUUGGUGGUGGUGGUGAGUGUGUUUGGUGGAGUGUGGAGAAUGCGGUGGGGGGUGAUCGGUGGAUAAGUGAAAGAGUGGUUUUUACGUGCUCGAAUGUGGGGAUUGAUGAGUUACGGAGAGUCACUCGGUUGAUGGUUUAUUUUCAACGGCGAAGAUCUUUGUGUAAUUUGUUAUGUCAUUAUUAAAAUUAGGUUUGUAAACGAACCAAACGUUCGGCGAACACUUCGUGAACUGUUCAGCGUAAAGUUCGUUUGUGUUCGUUCGUUUACUAAACAAACAAACACGAACAAGAAAUUUCAUUCGUUUAGUUAAACAAACAAACAUGAACAGGUGUUGUGUUCG